AUGCUGAAACAGCUACUUGACACUGAUGACAAAGAUCGAGCAUUUCUCCAGGUGAAGCCGCCGGUGGUGCUGAUGGUCAACAAUCUAGGUGGUGUAAGUGUACUUGAACUUGGCGCCAUCACCGCUGUUGUGGGCAGACAAUUGGCGUCUGGCUAUAACAUCCAGCCAGUUCGUGUCCUGUCUGGCACGUACAUGACGAGUCUCAACAGCAUGGGCUUCUCAAUCACGUUGCUAAGCCUUGACACCAGGAACAGCCACCAUCUAUUGGAGCUACUCGACGCACCAGCUCAGGCAGUUGGUUGGAGUGCUCCGAUUAAGCCCGAAGCGUGGCGUGCGGCUGAGGCAGCUGUCCCAAACAAUUAUGAGACUGACGAGGAUGAGCCCAAGAUGAGAAAGAGGUCACGAAUUGAGAACGCUGCUGACGUGGGGACAUAUGACACCGCCAAGGCUACAAACACCCUUAUGAGCGGAUUGAGGAGGCUUAUUAAAGCGGAGCCAGAGAUCACUCGUUACGACACAAUUGUCGGCGACGGUGAUUGUGGAAUAGGUCUCAAGAGAGGUGCUGAAGCUGUUUUGCACCGCGUUCUGGACCAGCCUCUAGUUGGGAGCGCCGUGUUGGAUUUGACUACUAUUUUACCAAUAAUCGAGACUUCAAUGGAUGGGACUUCCGGAGCUCUCUAUUCAAUCUUCCUCAACGCCCUUCUACACGCCUUUCAGAGCAGAGGGCCAGGAGCAGCAACACAUGAGGCUUGGGCCUUCGUACUUGAGCAGAGUAGUAGUGUUUUAGCUAGAUAUACACCAGCGCGUAUCGGCGACCGUACUGUCAUUGAUGCUCUGGAGCCAUUCAUUCAAGAACUCGUCAAGACUAACAGCUUGAUUCGAGCAGCAGAGGCUGCAAAGCAUGGGGCAGAAACAACUAUAGGCAUGAGGGCUAGCCUGGGACGGAGUGUAUACGUUGGUGGUUCUGGGUUCCAGCAGGUGCCGGAUCCUGGGGCAUGGGGUUUGAGUGAGUUUCUUGCUGGGCUUGCAGGCUUAGAUGCCAAUUAG